CCGGGCGGCCGGGCGGGGCUCGGGGGUCGGUGUCCGCUCCAGUCUCCACCGCCAGGAUCCUAGAGAGCGCAUCCCGCCAUGGAGCAGCCGCGGAAGGCGGUGGUGGUGACCGGGUUUGGCCCUUUUGGGGAGCAUACUGUGAACGCCAGCUGGAUCGCUGUCCAGGAGCUGGAGAAGCUGGGCCUUGGGGACAGUGUGGACCUGCAUGUGUACGAGAUUCCUGUGGAGUACCAGACUGUGCAGAGGCUCAUCCCAGCGCUGUGGGAGAAGCACAGCCCCCAGCUCGUGGUGCAUGUCGGGGUGUCGGGCAUGGCCACCACAGUGACGCUGGAAAAAUGUGGCCACAACAAGGGUUACAAAGGACUGGAUAAUUGCCGGUUCUGCCCCGGCUCACAGUGCUGUGUGGAAGAUGGUCCCGAGAGCAUCGACUCCAUCAUUGACAUGGACGCCGUGUGCAAAAGGGUGACCACACUGGGGCUGGACGUGUCUGUUACCAUCUCCCAGGAUGCUGGCAGGUAUCUGUGUGACUUCACGUAUUAUACGUCGCUCUACCAGGGCCGUGGCCGCUCGGCUUUUGUCCAUGUGCCCCCACUGGGCAAGCCCUACAACGCAGACCAGCUAGGCCGGGCACUCCGGGCCAUCAUAGAGGAGAUGUUGGGUGUCCUGGAACAGGCAGAGGGAGACAUCAGCUGCUGCCACCAGCUCUGACAGCCAUGUACACCUGGGUGCCGUGAGAGGGGACACAGCUGGGCCCAUGGAGCCUCCUGCCUCGUCUGCCCCUCCUCCUAGUGGACCACAAGGGGGGGUGAUGGAGAGAGCUCCGUCUGGAUAUCAUCUGGGGACACUUCCGCUGUGCGCAGAGGCCAGGGCUAGGGCAAGAUGGCCAGAGGUGUGGCCUGCACACCUGCCAUGGCGCUACCUUGACCCUGGCACAGUCUUGUGUUUUCAGGUGUAUGGACAAAGAGUUGAAACUUCCUUUGUGGCUGGGGCCUCACAAAGGAUCAUAAAGUAGAUUAGCUCUAAUCCAUGUCCCUAAACCCUGGACGGUCCCUGCCAAAGCCACUUGGGACUUGGUUGCCUUUUCUGUCUUCUCUCUGUUUCUGUCUGUCUCUGCCUUUCUGUCUCCAUCUAUCUCUGUGUCUGUCUCUCUGUCUUUGUGCCUGUCUCUGUGUCUCUGUCCCCUCUGUCUUUUUUGUGCCCACCUCCCCUUCAGUGAUAGAUUAGGGAACAGAGUAACUUAUAUUCCCAUUGUUAAGACUUCAGGCCUAACCAACAAGUGUCUUUUCUUUCUCCUAGGGAGGGAGGCCUCUUUUGCCUCCUGCCCUGCAAAUACCAUCAUGCUUCGUGUCUCUGCUCGGAAGAGCAGGCUGCUAUGGCCACCCAGGGCCUGGCCGCAGUGGCCUCUGGUGCCUGUGGGGAGCUGUCUCUGCCAUGACCUUUCUUGUUCUCUUUUUGAUUUUUUAGACUCUAAAAAUUUAGAGACUCUAAACUUUAGAGGGUAUUUGUUGUUGAUUUUUGAGACAGGGUCUCAGGUAACCCAGGCUGGCCAUUUAAACUUAUUCUGUAAAUCCAGGCUGGCCUCAUGUGGUCAUCUGGCCUCAGCUUCCUAAGCACUGGGACGACAGGUGCUUGCCACCACACAUGGCCAACCUGGGACCCAGAACCUACAGUGUGAACCAUCACCCGGGAUCUGUGGAUUUUCUCCAUCUUGAGAUAGCCAGCCUCUAAUAUCCUGUUAGGGACCUGGGAUGAGAGGUUGCGGUGCCCAGGCAUGUCCCUGCAUGUCUGUCAUAUCAGCCACAGGGAUAUCCGGUGAACUGCAUUUGGCAGUGUGCCUGGGACUCUAGCCAGCCUUUGUCUCUGGCUGACUUUGAACUUCCAAGCCAGGAGGAGGGGCUCUCAGGAAGGGAGGGAUGAGGCAUGUGACCUGGACUCCUUCCAAGACCAACUACAGUUCCUGUCAGUGAAGCCAAGAACAUUUUGGAUGCCACCUUCUCUUUUCUGGAUGGAUGGAGGCCCCCGUGUCCCCAUGGGAUUGAUGGAUCUGAAUUCAGCAGUGACUUCUUCUCCCUGGAUCUUUUUGUUGUUCCUGAGACUGGGUCUCUGAUAGCCCAGGCUAGCUUCCAAUUCACUGUAGCAGAAGCUGACCUUGAACUCCUGACCCUCCUACCUCGGCCUACCCAGUGCAGGGCUUAUGAUAGCAUGUGUGCUGGGCCUGGCUACUUUUAAGCUCCAGUGGUCCUUGUUCUGGUAUGGUUUCUUCACACCAUCUUCUUGUUGAUCCUGUGUCUGAAGCUUAUCUGUCGCCACAUGGAGAUCUGAGCAGUUGGCUCUCCUUCCGAAUGCACCCUGGAGUGCCCUGGGGUGGCUUGCUGUCCCUGCAAAAGCAUCUAUUGGUGUGGGCUGGCAGUUUAAAUAACCAGGGCUCUGCCACUCCUGUCCAGUGCUAACACCUCCAGAGAGAGGGGCCUUGCAGCUUCCUAGGUAGCUGUGUGCGGAGGGGGGAGGGGAAGACAUGGCUCUUCUGCCUGUGGGGGCUCAGGAGUAAGGGGUCCCCCAGGGCCCUGGGCUUUUGAGACAUCAUGUAGACAAGGCAGGCCUUGAACUCCUGGCCCUCUGGCCGCAGCCUCCCCCUGAGAUGACCGAAAUGGAUCUGACUUUGGUUCCCAUGUGUCUUUGUUUGUUUUUUUGUCUUUUGAGGCAGAGUUCUACCUGAACUCUAGCUCAUGCUAGUCCUCCCAACUUGUGGCAGUCUUCCUGCUUCAGAUGUAUCCAGCGCCUGGCAAGUCUUCCUCAGGAGGACUCUGGGCUGUACUCCACUCUCAGUUUCCUCAAAGUUCCCAGGAGUACCGGGCCAGCUUUCCUUGGUCCAGCUCUGCUGGGAGCACCAUUCUGGGAGCACUGUGCUCUGAUGCCCAGGGACAGAGACAUCUCCUCUGGUCCCCAGGAGGGUGUACAUGUCAUUUUCUAGUUCCCAGUGAUGAGCUGACAGGGAUCCCAGGACAUGGGACUGGUAUUUAUUUAUUUAGGCAUCUCUUAAACACACACCACUUGCCCUGAUCCAAAACCUUUUAUUUUUCUCCUUGUUUCUUGGCAGGUGGGACUCAGGUUCUGUAGUUGCCAGGUGUGGCCCAGACUGGUCACAUUGACCGUUGAGGUCCAGGUCACCCCAACACUGACCUUCAUUUCCUAUUCUUACCUUGGGGGUGGGGUGGGCAGGGCUUCAAAGGGUAGACCCACAUGUGGGUAGGGCCUGACCUGGGCCUGGCUGGUUCUUACCAGCAAUGGUAAAUUAGAAAGCUAGCCCAGCGGAGGAAGAGAAGUAAUAUUGGUAUAAAUCUGAAGCCAGGGGCAUGUGCAGGGACAGCGAUGGUGGUGUCUGGGUGCCAGUCCAAGAAGUGUCUGAUUUAUGCUAUCAACUUAAGUGUAGGAAUGUAGCUUUUGGAUCAACAUGCUAUUCCCUGGGCCACUCCAGUGUUUCUCAAGGCCACUCGGAGGGCCAGACUGCAAGAAGCUGAGGCUGGAUCACCAUAGUGGGCACCAAUCUUUUAAAUUUUUUUUUUUUUUGGAGGUGGUGGGGGUGGCACAGGGUCUUGUGUAGCCUGGACUGGGUUCACACUCACUGUGUGGCUGAGGGUGACCUUGAAUUCUCCGCCUCCAGGUCCCAGGGUUAAGCCUCCGAUCCUUGGGGGCAGAUCUUUAAAGUUAAGUUGAUAGCUUCAGCUAAAAUGGGGAAUUUCAUGCACUUCUCAAGCUGGCAUGUAAACCUCCAGAAAAGGGUGGACCCCGAGGCUGGGGGAAGGCUGGAAAAGCGGAGUCUAGGUGCUUUUGUGCGAGGAGUCUUGGUUGGAAGGCAGACCAGCUGCUGUGUGCACAGGCUGCUCCACAGGCUGCUCGGGCCUUCGCCCCCAGGGUGACCUUGCUGUGUGCUAGGAGAGCGCCUCCAGCCUGCCCCUCUCCCUCCCACUGUCUAGACAGCUUACCCUUGACCUCUCUACCCCUUGGAGUGUCUGAGCCCAGAAGUCCCCUCUGGGAACAUAAGAGACAAAGCCUUAUUCUGAGGCUCAGCUCUGAGAGUUGGAGCUGUGGGGGUCCCUGUGCGUGCUGAUGGCUGUCUCAAAUGCAGACCCAGGCAGGUUGUCCCCCUCCCCCUCCCAGCCCACCAUUUCUCCAUAUCCACAGGCUGGAGGGAGCAAACAAAGAGAGGGGCUUUGGUAUUCUGUGUCAGGUGAAGUGUCCACCCCCCACCGCACCCGCAUAAGUACAGUGUCUGGACUAGAAAACAGGGCAAAUGGCUCUUUUUUUUUUUUUUUCCUUUGUAUGCAGCAGUAGGGAAAUGAACCCAACUCAGUGUUUGGGUUUGAAAAGCUAAAUUCUGAGCUACCACAGCCACUAAACAUGCCUGUCAGUGAGGCCUGUCCCUGGUGUAGACACUGGUCACAAGCUGUAAGGAUUGUGUCAUCCAGGCACUGGAAGUGGAGGUAGAACAGGAGUUCAAGGCCAGCCUCCCCUACACUCCAAGUGGAAGAGAGGAACAGAGAGGCGGGCAAGGUGGCUCAGUGGGGAGUCAGUUGCCACCAAACCUAAAAGCUGGGCUUUAUUCCCCAAGAGCCACAGGUGGAGGAAGCCAAUCAGAGCUGCCUUCCUCCACAUGGCUGUGGUGCUCAGUCUCCCUGUCACAUGGGCACACAUCUGGGCCUUGUUCAGGGGACUCGAAGAGAGCUCAGUUUGGGGGUAGGUUUUUUUUUUAAGUGUUUUUACUCUGUAGGCCUUGAGGCUCCUAAGGCCUCCUGUCUCUGCCCUCACGUGGAGGACAGCACAGCUGUGCUGCAAUGCUCUGCUUUUCUUUUAUAAAAAGAGGUUUCACUAAUGCUGGGUGGCACCAGGCUCUUUUUCCCUCAAAGUCUGGAGUGGCCUUGCCCAGGGCAGCCGCAGCCACACCUUAGGAAUCGCUUCCUGGGUGCCCCCAGGGGGCCUGGCUGGUUUAUGGGACCCCUCAGUACCUCAGGUAUUUUAUCCUCUCAACAGGGGCUCUUGUGCUCUCUGAGACCCUUCUGGCCCAGUGUGCCUUCUCUUCGACCCCAGAGCUCCCACCAAGCACCCUGACUGGGUCUCUAGGACCUCCAGGAAUAGAAGGGAGAAGGGCCUGCCAGGCUGCACUCUGGGAAACUCCAUGCUCUUUACCCAGAAACCAAUAAAGUUGUUGAAACCUGU